AUGGCGACGGCGGCUGCCAGUCGGCCCAGCGGGCCGGUCCUCUCGAUACCCAGCUACCACUCCGCCUCCCCCACCCGAGUCAAGCUCUCCUCCGGUGGCGCCGCCCGCUAUCCGGCCAAGUCCGUCAGCGUCUCGUCUUCUUCCUCCUCGUCCCCUGCCGCCGGCAAGAGCCGUCGCUCCUGCAUGUGCUCCCCGACGAACCACCCGGGCUCGUUUCGCUGCGGCCUCCACAAGGAGCGCAAGCAGGCGGCCCCGACCGGCAACAGCAAGCCCGCCUCACCACCGUCCAUCGGCAGCGCCCGCUCGAAGUGCACGGGCAGCGCGCUGGUGCGGCUCGUCCCCAUGGAGAGCGGGCACUGGGCACGCAGGGCGCUCUCGCCGUCCACCUCGGCGCAGCAGAACCUGCAGCGGAGGCGCGCCAGCGGCUCCCGCCCCCGGCCGAGCCGGCUCUCCGCCGUGUCCAUGGCCGGUGACCGCGCCGGCGACAACCACCAGUAA